AUGUCUGAAUGUGGUGCUCUUCAUAAGUCCUGGACUACAACUCCAAUUGUACCCGGCUAUGUUGACAGUACCAGAUUGGGGAAGGCUGAUCUACCAGCUCAAGAGCCUACCUUGGUCAGGAUCAGCAAAGCAACUCACAGUUUGCUGUUUCUGAUCAUUCUGCGGGUAGAGAUGGAAGGGGCAUUGUUAAUUAUUCCUCUCCAUAAUCCGUUAAUGGAAACAAUUGUAACUUCAAUUACAAUUGAAAAAGCAAUAGACCUUGCUAGCAAAGCAGCACAAGAAGAUAAAGCAGGGAACUUUGAGGAAGCCCUACGUUUGUAUCAACAUGCUGUGCAGUAUUUUCUUCAUGUUGUCAAAUAUGAAGCACAGGGUGACAAAGCAAAACAAAGCAUCAGAGCAAAGUGUACCGAGUAUUUGGACAGAGCAGAAAAACUGAAGGACUAUUUGAAAAAGAAAGAAAACACUCCCCUUAAACCAGUGAAAGAAUCUGGUUCAGCUGAUGAAAAAGGGAAUGAUAGUGAUGGGGAAGGAGAAUCAGAUGAUCCUGAAAAAAAGAAGCUACAGAAUCAACUCCAAGGUGCCAUUGUUAUGGAACGACCAAAUGUAAAGUGGAGCGAUGUUGCUGGCCUAGAGGGAGCAAAAGAAGCACUUAAAGAAGCAGUAAUAUUGCCCAUUAAAUUUCCUCACCUUUUUACAGGGAAGCGAACUCCCUGGAGGGGGAUCCUUCUGUUUGGACCUCCAGGAACAGGGAAAUCCUACUUGGCAAAAGCUGUUGCAACAGAAGCUAACAAUUCUACAUUCUUCUCUGUAUCAUCUUCACUCCUUCUCUCAAAAUGGUUGGGAGAGAGUGAAAAGCUAGUGAAAAAUCUAUUCCAACUUGCCAGAGAAAACAAGCCUUCAAUUAUCUUCAUUGAUGAAAUAGAUUCUUUAUGUGGUUCCCGAAGUGAAAAUGAAAGUGAGGCAGCUCGGCGAAUUAAAACAGAGUUUUUGGUUCAAAUGCAAGGAGUUGGAACAGACAAUGAAGGAAUUUUGGUUCUUGGCGCUACAAAUAUACCUUGGGUUCUAGAUUCUGCCAUAAGAAGGAGGUUUGAGAAGCGGAUUUAUAUUCCCUUACCUGAAGAUCAUGCAAGAGCUGCAAUGUUUAAGCUUCAUCUUGGGACUACUAAAAAUACCUUGACCGAAUCAGAUUAUCGGGAACUUGGAAAGCGAACUGAUGGCUAUUCCGGUGCUGAUAUCAGCGUCAUAGUACGUGAUGCUCUAAUGCAACCUGUUAGGAAAGUUCAAUCAGCAACACAUUUUAAAAAAGUAAAAGGACCAUCGCUAUCUGAUCCAGAUGUUCUAGUAGAUUUGUUCACCCCAUGUUCUCCAGGAGAGCCCAGUGCCAUUGAAAUGACAUGGAUGGACGUGCCAGGAGAUAAACUUCUGGAACCUGUUGUUAGUAUGGCUGAUAUGCUGAGGUCACUAGCAAAUACAAAACCCACAGUAAAUGAGCAAGACCUGGAAAAACUAAAGAAGUUCACAGAAGAUUUUGGACAGGAAGGCUAAUCCAAACAGCCCUCUAAUCCUUUUAUUCCCCCCACCCUCCUUUUGGCAUUAUUGCCUCUAUGUUGCCAAUAAAUAAAUUGCUCAUUCCUUCUUUUCCAUAUGAACUGAAUAGCCUCUUGCAAAGAUCUUUGAGUUUAUGUAUAUCACUUUCCAGAAAUAUCUAUUAAAUGUCAUUUACUGAGAGCAUGGUAAUAGGACUUGCUGGCAAAAAAGAAUGGACAAAUGUGGUCUAUAUGUUUUAACAUUUGACAGCCCCUUUGGAGGAUUUCUCACUAAGAAAUAAUAUAGCCCUAGGUCAGAAGUAUUUAUAAACUCCUAUUGGCCUAAGAAAGUACUUUUAAAAAAAGCAGAAAAUUCUCUUUGGUUGUCAAGUGUUGAUUUUUAUAACCAGUGAAUUUGCUUGCAAAACAAAUGCUCUUUCUUGAAUUAUCAUCUGGAAUUUGGUAAUACACAUGGUUAAAUUAAAGUUUUCAUAUAAACUGUGGUGAAUUGAAGUUUCAGAAGGGAGAAAGUACUGAAGGCCAAUACUUAAUGAGUGCAUAAUUGAAGUUCUGAUGUGUUUUUUUUUUAAUUUCUGCAGUAUGGUAUUGCCUUAAAAACAUCAAACAUUGUUUUGAAUAACUCACAGACACUCACUGUGCAACUUUAAGAGAACAGACUUAAAUGUAAAUAGUGUGUGAGACAAAUUCUCUUCCUGUCUGGUUUCAUCCUGCUUUAUUCUCUGUAGGAAUUUAAACCAAGCAAAGGGUCAGAUCCUGUAAAAUUCCAUGGAGAAGCCUGAAAUCCAUGUUUUAGCCAGCCAUUUGUUGACACAAGAUAAUUCUGAACUUAUCUUUAUUUUGAAGGAAGCUCUUGGAAUGAUGUGCUAAACAGCCUGGUGAACUUCCCGAGGGUGCCCGAGAUUUACCUUAAAAAUUCUAUAUUUUUAGUUUAAUAGAUAAACUAUAUUCAAAAUAAACCACAGUGCAAGUUUUGUUCCCAAAGACUUCUGUUAAAAAUUACGCAUUUUAGAGAAAUUCUUAAUGUGAUCUAUAACAUUACAGUGACCAGUUUGAACAUCACAUUAAAAACAUUUUGCUGAACCUCAGGCUUAAAGUCUUCCUCCUUCCAUACAGUGGAAGAUGCAGUUAUAAGUUUCUUGCUACUGGAUUACUUUAACUGCAGUCUGCCUUGUCAUCCAAAAUCAACAAUUUGUAGUUAAUCUUACACAUGCUUUAAAAUAAGCAAGCUUCAAACCAUGGGUAAUGAAGCUGCCUUAUUAAAUAUGCCAGAGUUAAAAUUAAUCAGAAUUUAAGAUUCAAUAAACAUUAGCCAGGUUUGGCCAGGGUUGUGAGGAAAGAAGGGGAAAUAUGCAAAUUCAGGACACUGUUCUCAUUGUAUCAAACUCUGUUCAAAUGCAGCCAGUGACAGCACUGAAUUUGUGCCUUGGAAAUUUGCCCUGGUUGUAGAUAGUGAGUGCUGUAGUAUCUGUGUAACACAAAUUGCAUUUAUGUUAUGGAAAUGUAUCUUGUAGAUGCUUACGGUGUUGCAAAUUUCCAUGUAAAGUACUAUGCGGUCAUCUCACAGGUUUCAUUUCCUUCUCAUGUCUGUAUUUUGCGUACUUUCUGAAAUCAUAAGAAUGGUUGAAAUUUGUCACUGGAUGAAGUAAAAAGUUGCAAGAUAUCACUAGUUUAUGUUUCUAAAUGUUUUCCUGUAUAGGAUCAAAUAUACUUUUAUGUUAAAUAUAUGGACUAUUUUGCUCAA